UUAGAAAUUCCUGAAAGCUCUGACAGUGACACGUCUACCAAGAAGAGAAAAAAGAAGAAAGGAAAAAAGGCAAAGAAAGAAAAGAAAGCUAAAAAAGAGAAAAAGAAAAAAGCCAAAAAGAAGGCAAGGACCUUGUUGUUGUGUGACUUUUCUCUUUUAAUAGUGCAUAGACCGAUUAAUUCAUCUUUGAGAAGUCGAAAGCCGAUGAGGAUGACAGCGAUGAAUGGAACAUUUUUUAGCUUUUUUAUCUCAGUGUACCUUUCCAAUUAUUGUCUUGGUUUCAGUUAUGGAAAAGACAUGCUGAAAGGUGAAGCAGCAGCCAUGGCAGCAUAUGCGGCAAGAGGAGAACGUAUUCCUAGAAGAGGUGAAAUUGGUCUCUCUUCGGCAGAAAUCAGUGAAUUUGAAAAAGUAGGCUACGUAAUGAGCGGAACUAGGCACAAAGCGAUGGAGGCUACUCGAUUGCGCAAAGAAAAUCAAGUACUGACGGCAGAAGAGAAACGUUUGUUAUCUGGCUUUUCUCAAGAGGAAAGGAAAAAGAAAGAAAUGGCGAUGCUGGGACAAAUGCGAAGUCUUAUAGCAUCAAAACGAGUGGAAUAG